AUCCCUGGGCGCUGGCCGCUCCUGCCCGGGUAGCUGCGCUUGUGUGGUGCGGCGGGGAGCGGAGCCGGCAGGCAGGGGACUUACAGCCAGCUGGGGAGCGAUGCCUCUGGGACAGCCUGUGCCAGGCUGGGCUUUUCGCGGCAGGGAGCAGUGCCCCUGGCACCUAUGGUGCUCUGUUUGUUCCUCCCCAGCUGCCCGGGAAGAAGGACCUGUUCAUUGAGGCAGAUCUGAUGAGCCCCCUGGACCGAAUCGCCAACGUCUCCAUUCUGAAGCAACAUGAGGUGGACAAGCUGUACAAAGUGGAGAACAAACCCAUCGUUAGCACUAGCGACCAGUUGUGCUUCUUAGUCCGGCCACGGAUCAAGAACAUGAAGUACGUUGCUGAUAUUGUCAAUGCUGACAAGGCGAUGGGGAGGAGCCGGAAGUACAAGAUUAUCUUCAGCCCCCAGAAGUUUUACAUUUGUGAGCUGGUGCUGGAGGAAGAGGGAAUCUAUGGUGAUGUGACCUGUGACGAGUGGGCCUUCUACCUGCUCCCCCUGGAUGACGAUCUCCUCAGCAUGGAGCUGCCGGAGUUCUUCCGGGAUUACUUCCUGGAAGGGGAUCAGCGCUGGAUCAGCACCAUCGCUCGAGCUCUGCAGCUGCUGAACUCCCUCUUUGGGCCUUUCGCGAACACCUAUGGGAUUGGCAGGUGUGCCAAGAUGGUCUAUGAGGUGUGGCGAGAGCUGGUGGAGGAGAGCGAGGGUGACAGCCACGCCAGGAGACCUGAGAUCAGCCAUGUCUUCCUCAUGGACCGAGAUGUGGAUUACGUCACGGCGCUCUGCUCCCAGGUGGUGUAUGAGGGCCUGGUGGACGACACGUUCCGCAUCAAAUGUGGGAGUGUGGAUUUCGGGCCAGACGUCACCUCCUCUGACAGGAGCUUCAAAGUGCUGCUCAAUGCCCAGGACAAGGUGUUCAGCGAGAUCCGGAACGAACACUUCUCCAACGUCUUCGGCUUCCUGAGUCAGAAGGCACGAAACCUGCAGACACAGUACGAUCGACGUCGCGGGAUGGACAUCAAGCAAAUGAAGAACUUUGUCUCCCAGGAGCUGAAGGGGUUAAAGCAGGAGCACCGCCUGCUGAGCCUGCAUAUUGGCGCCUGCGAGUCCAUCAUGAAGAAGAAAACCAAGCAGGAUUUCCAGGAGCUGCUAAAGACUGAGCACUCUCUCCUGGAGGGGUUCGACAUUCGCGAGAGCACCAGCUACAUAGAAGAGCACAUCGACCGGCAGGUCUCCCCCAGCGAGAGUCUGCGCUUAAUGUGCCUCCUGUCGGUCACGGAAAAUGGGCUGAUCCCUAAGGAUUAUCGCUCCCUGAAAACCCAGUACCUCCAGAGUUAUGGGCCUGAGCACCUGCUGACCUUUCAUAACCUCAAGCGCAUCGGGCUGCUGACAGAGCAGGCCCCAGGGGAGACCCUGACUGCCGUGGAGAGCAAAGUCAGCAAGCUGGUGACCGACCGAGCAGCAGGGAAACUCACGGACGCUUUUAAUUCUCUGGCCAGGAAGAGCAAUUUCCGAGGCAUAAGCAAGAAGCUGGGCUUGAUCCCCCGGGUCGAUGGUGAAUACAACCUGAAGGUGCCCCGAGACAUGGCCUAUGUCUUCAGUGGGGCCUACAUCCCCCUGAGCUGCAAGAUCAUUGAACAGGUGCUGGAGCGCAAGGGCUGGCUGGGCCUGGAGGAGGUGGUGCGCCUGCUGAACGGCAAUGAGUUUGCUCCCACAGAGCCGGUCAUGGAGGAGAAUCCCGCCUGGGAGGCGCAGCGUGUCAUCCUAGCAGUCUUCCUGGGAGGCUGCACCUUUUCUGAGAUCUCUGCUCUCCGAUUCCUGGGGAAGGAGAAAGGAUACAAGUUUAUAUUCCUGACGACAGCCAUCACAAGCAGCGCCCGGCUGAUGGACGCCAUGUUAGAGGCGAAGGUGUGAGGCAGGGGUGAGCCGCAGCCCUGGCAGAGCAGCUUGUGCCAGCCAGGGUCACACUCCAGCGAGGACACUGCCCAGGCACUGCACAUGUGACACUGGAGUGUUAUACAUCAGCAGCCGGAGCAGGGCAGACACGGAGCCCAUCCUGCCAUGAGCCUCUCCUUGGGUUACCCGAAGGCUGCAGAUGGGGGUUUAAAUGGAAGAAGAGACUUCAGUGGGUGCAGGGGGAGUGUCUCUGGGGAGGCUAGACGAGGGAAGAAGCUGUUGUUUCUCCAAUCCAAACCCAGGGUGGUUGAGUCUCUGCCAUGCUUCAGGCCCCUGGGGCCACUGUCCAGGCAAGUCCCUGUGCUUGGUGUAUUGGUGCUUCUACCAUUGGGUCAGUGGCUUGUUAAGGGACCUCACUGGCCUUUUGGACAGAUGUCAGUACUUGGGGCCAUGGGUGAAGCCAUUGGGCCAUGCCAUGCUGUUAGCAGCAGUGCCUUCUUCCCCCGCUGAGGCCUGUUCACCUGGAGAAGUGAACAGGCAGGGGGAGCUGGCUUCUACUGGAGUCACAAGUGAAAAUGAAUUGCAUUGUUACCUGAAUUUUAAAUGCAUGUUCAUUCACUUCACAGAACUGCCUACCUGUUUUGGCACCAAACACAACCAGCUCUAGUCUGGAUUGAUGGACCGAGUGGGGGGUGAAAAGAGUGGACCAGCAGGGGUGCUGCGGGGUAGGCUGCAAGUGCAGCAACAGAGGGGUGUGGGGGGAGUUGGGGCUGGGAUUUGAAUAGCAUAGGAUUGCGCUGGCAGAAGUAUGUAAUAGUGGUACAAUGAUCUGUACCAUAUCAAAUAUAUUUGGUCAGCCUUU